CAAAAGCCCGUUGUAAGCCCUAAAUCACCCGCACUGUUCUGUUUCUGCGAAAACCUUCCCUCACUGUUACUGCGUCUCUCUCUCUCUCUCUCUCGUUUUGCAGAUAUGGAGUACGUGAGCCCCGAAGGUCUCCGGCUAGAUGGCCGCCGCCCCCUCGAGAUGAGACAAAUUAAAGCUGAAAUAGGUGCCGUUUCCAAGGCUGAUGGUUCAGCUGUUUUCGAAAUGGGUAACACCAAAGUCAUUGCUGCAGUGUAUGGUCCUAGAGAGGUCCAAAAUAGGAGCCAACAACUUAGUGAUCAGGCCCUGGUCCGUUGUGAGUAUAGCAUGGCUAAUUUUAGUACCGGAGAUCGUAUGAGAAAGCCAAAGGGUGACAGGCGAUCAACGGAGAUAUCUCUGGUUAUUCGCCAGACCAUGGAAGCAUGCAUAUUAACGCACCUAAUGCCUCGAUCUCAGAUAGACAUCUUUGUCCAAGUUCUCCAAGCAGACGGAGGAACGAGAUCUGCAUGCAUAAAUGCUGCGACCUUGGCCCUUGCAGAUGCUGGGAUUCCUAUGCGGGAUCUUGUCACUUCAUGUAGUGCUGGAUAUCUUAAUAGCACCCCUCUGCUUGAUCUAAAUUAUGUUGAGGAUAGUGCCGGAGGCCCUGAUGUAACAGUAGGAAUUUUACCUAAGUUGGAUAAAGUUACUCUGCUUCAGAUGGAUGCUAAGUUACCCAUGGAUACCUUUGAAAACGUAAUGCAACUUGCAAUAGAAGGCUGCAAGGCAGUAGCGAAUUACAUUCGGGAAGUAUUACUAGAAAACACUAAACAGCUAGAGUGUCGGAGGGGCAUGUAACAUGUAAAGGGGAUGCAGGCUCUGGCUCGGGAUCUGGCUCUCUUGCUUAUAUGAAAGCUCAGCACGAGGAACUCUGGAUACUGAAUUGAUGUAUGAAAUGUGUGUUGAUAUGAGGUUUUCUGUGUCUCUCAGAACUGCAAAUAUCAACUGAUGUGGACUUUCGCAUCCCCAGAAGGUUGCUUUUCGGGGGUGGAUGAUUUGUUACUCUUUUCUAGGAACGACAUUCGGACUGUUGGAAUUCCUCGUCUUAGCAUAUAUCUAUGUGAAAAGUUUGUUUAGACGAUUUGGGCUACCUCUCUAUGAUUCUCAAAUUCUCCAUACAUUGAAUCCCCAAUAUCAAGCACAUCUUCCAUAA